CAUCGGCCGGGUGAUGAUGAUGCGUUUGGCCCUGCGGAGGCUUCGGGUGACCAAGCCCGGCAGCUUCCGAGGGGGGACCCCUUCGCUCAGGCCUGGAACUGCUGCGCGCCUGGACGUGCCAUUCUACGUACGCCCUCUCCCCAGUUGCUGGAGGAGGCGGCCUGCCAGGCCGGCUUGUGCUGCAGGUACCCGAAGACACCCAGCUCGGGAGGCAGCCGAGAGAGCGGGUCUUUAGCCGGGAAAGCCGCGAAGAAGAGGGGUGGGGGGUGUCGGCAGCAGGCGGGACCAGAGGCGGGGCAGCAGCUCUCGCCGACUUAUAGCCGGUUCCAAGCGCCUCGCUCGCUCCUCGGCGGCGCUGCCCGGCAGGCAGCAGCAGCAGCAAGAGGCUCCCACGAAGCGGCGCGAUGGUGACGACCUGCCCUAACCAGCCGUGCCCUGCGCCUCUGGGCGCGCGCAAGCGGCAGCGGGCCGAGGACGUGACCCCGGAGGAGCGGGUGGAGCCCCCGGGCGACGACGCCGGCCUCCAGCUCCGCGCGCCGGUCAAGAAGACCGAGGCCCCCCCAGUGAGGGGUCGGCUGCUUCCCGCCGGCCGGGUCAGCUCCCCCGGCGGCGGCGGCGGCGAGCCUAUGCGUCCCCUGGAGCGGCAGACUUUCCGCGACUAUGGGCAAAGCUGGUACCGCUUCCGAAAAGGGCUGGAGGGCAAGUUCCACCCGCUCGACCCGCUGGCCCAGCAGCCACAAAUAACUGCAGAGGCCCGGUGCAAACUGAUCAGCUGGCUAAUUCCAGUACAUAAACAUUUUGGCUUCUCUUUUGAGUCCUUAUGCUUGGCAGUAAACACGCUAGACCGCUUCCUCACCACAACUCCAGUGGCUGCCGACUGCUUCCAACUCCUCGGAGUUACUGCGCUCUUCAUCUCUUGCAAACAGGUGGAAGUGCAUCCACCCAAGGUGAAACAGCUCCUGGCCCUUUGCUGUGACACUUUCUCUCGACAGCAGCUCUGCAACCUGGAAUGCAUCAUCUUGAACAAGCUCCACUUCAACCUGGCAGCCCCCACCAUCAGCUUCUUCCUGGAACACUUCACUCAUAUGCGGAUGGAGGCUUGUGAGGCUGAUGCCUGGGAGGCUAAGAAUGCCAAAACCCUGGCCAAAGGCGUGGCUGAACUUAGCCUGGCUGACUAUGCUUUUAACAAAUACAUGCCUUCAUUGCUAGCUGUUUGCUGCUUGAGGCUGGCUGACCAGAUGUUGCAGCACCAGAAGCCGCUGGACCUCCAUUUAAGUGACUAUCCAGAGGGGGUUUUACAGGAUUGUCUGGACAACCUACAUUUGCUGGUGUCUUUGAACGAGGACUCUUUGCCUCUGGUACUGCCCCCAGAGAUUUCAGAUCAGUGUCUGCACUUAGAAAAAUGAAUUAACCAAAGAAAACAUACUUGAAGCACUAUUUGUAGCCAUGCAUUUGUCAGUUUUUUCCAGUGCAUGUACAGAAGGACCACUGGUCAUUGCAAUACCUCUGAAAUAACAGUAUUCAUUUUGAACUUUUGCUUAAUAGUCUUUUCAAUCAGUUUUACAUGGUAUUUAUAUUUAUUUGUAGUGGAAGCUAUGACUUUGGUUUAGAAUGUGAUUGGUUAAGUAAUGGCUUCUCUGAUCCUUUUAAUAUAAUUUGCAAAUUCUAUUUUGCACAUUAGACUUGUCAUAUAUUGCACUGACAUUAUUUUAAAUAAUAGGUUGACAUUGUAAAAAAUGUGUAUUAUCCCUGUACUUAUUUAUUGAGAUGAUAGUUCAAUACUAAGCCAUAGGAAGGACAACAGUACUGUAAAUGCAUUUCUCUAAUAAACUUUUUAUCAGAAAUUG